AUGUCGUCGCUCAAGUCCACCGCCGAGAACCGCGUCGCCAAUGGCACGCUGACCAAGUAUACCGUGCCGUCGAAGACGCUCGGUCUUGACUCGCCCGUCAACGUCUUCAUCCCUCCUGGCUUUGGACCUGACAAGCCCGCCCCCGUCCUCUUCUACCUUGCCGGUCUGACCUGCACUGAGGACACGGGAGCGCAGAAGGGUGGCUUCUUCAACACUGCUGCCAAGGAGGGAAUUGCCCUCGUGUUCCCGGACACCUCCCCUCGUGGCGCUGGCGUCGAGGGGGAGGAUGACGACUGGCAGCUCGGCACCGGUGCUGGAUUCUACAUCGAUGCUACCAACGAGAAGUGGAAGCACUACAACAUGUACUCCUUCAUCACCAAGGAGCUUCCCGAGGUCCUGGCUCCGCUCGGCUUGGACUUCAAGCGCUGGUCGAUCACCGGUCACAGCAUGGGCGGCCACGGUGCGCUCACGAUCUACCUGAAGGACCCCACUCGUUUCAAGAGCUGCUCCGCCUUCGCGCCGAUCUGCAACCCCGCCGUCGUUCCCUGGGGCAAGGGCGCCUUCGGUGCGUACCUGAACACGCGCACGCGCUCGAACCCGCCAGCUGAGUGGCUCGAGCACGAUGCCUCGCACCUCCUGCAGGCGAGCCAGGCGCCGAAGGGCUCGCUGCACAUGCUCGUCGACGUCGGAACCGCCGACAAGUUCCUGAAGGACGGCCAGCUUGAGCCGCAGGCGCUCGAGCGCGCGGCCAAGGACCGCGGUGCUCCCGAGGAGCUCGACCUGCGGAUGCAGGACGGCUACGACCACAGCUACUACUUUAUCUCGACCUUCUCCCCGGAGCACGUCCAGUUCCACGCCAAGUACCUGAAGGCUUAG